AUGACCCGCGACUGUCAUCUAGCCAAUAGUCCGUCGACAGCGAUUCCUCAGCAUGCCUCGCAUGGCGAGGACGGCGAGGACGUCCCAGGAACUAUCUACUCUUGUACACGACAAGAGAUACCCGAGUACUUUCUGGAAUGGACGAAGUUUUGGGACGAGGAUGAUGAGGACGCCAACAAAUCAAAAAUUGGCGAAGGAGCAGAACGACCUGUGCACAAUCCACCGAGUGAGUCGAGGCCUAGUGUACCCUCGACCCAUUGCGAGGCAACCAACCGCAUCCCGUCGACCGCGACGGUCGGACAGGUAAUAUUACCUAUCGGUGGGCACGCCAAUACGUCAAUGCCACCUUUGGCGCGUGAGCCGACAUGCUCUCCCCAGGUGCUCCAAACACCCGUCGAGCCUGUGUAUAGUCUUGUCAACAUGGACCAGAGAUCUGCAGCCGACAGACUCGAGCCCAACUAUUCCAAAACUACCUACGCAGUUCAUUCCCCAACAGGGCUUAACCUGUGCACAAUGGCAUCUGAUGGCCAGUCUACAUUAGGUUCUGCUGGCAUCAUGCGCCCCCCCUCGUUGAAGGCACUAGACAGUUGCAGCAAAAGUGUUCACAUUGAUGACACAACAGAAGUUGUUCAGGGCAACUGUAUAACUGGCACUGGUCAAGCUGCUUCAGAAGCCUUCCCAUCUCGGUCUGAUUCUUGCAGCCCAUAUUCCCCUAUUAUUAAUGCACCCAGAGUCAACAGCCAAGAACACACUGCCCAGUCCCUUACCUUGCUGGAUAUGCAGUAUGAGGGUCCAGACGUAAGACGCUUGCACAAAUCCCCUGAAGGACUCAAAAGAGCCAGAGGUGCCGAAGACGCCAUGAACCCUUAUAACCGCAAAUCUCAGAACAGUGACGACGCACAAGGACAAGCAGAAGGUCUUGUCACGGAUAUUGACGCGGAAAAAGAAAAGGAGGUUGCCUCCACGCUCUCCUUGCGAUGCGAAUGGCAGGGCUUUGUCCGAAAGCUCGUACAGGCCAAUGGGACAUCCGCAAAGCCAUUGCGCGUAACAAUCAUGGAGAAAAUCGGUUUGGAACGUAAUAUUUCUAAGUCAGAGCAAAUAAAGUGCCCUUUCCCUGGCUGCGGCGACGUUGUAAUCGCAGAGGAUCUGUUUAGUCAAUUUGGGUCUCAUUUCAAAAAGCUCGAUUUACAGGAGGCUGCAACCGCACAAACAUGUCUCCUUUGCAUAACGUGCAACGGUCGCGUCUCCCGGGACUCAUGGGAGUCCAUUGAGCGUCAUAUGCUCAACAACGCGCAUGCCGAGGACCGACAAGAACUGGGCCUGAAAGGCGAAUGGGUACCCUCGUUGAGGAUUGCUGCCGGUCGUACCGCGAAGAUGGACGCGGAGGGGGUUGAUAGUAAGAACGAUGGUGACAACGAAGGUUCCAGGAAAGGAAUCAAACGCCGCCGCUUGCGGUAA